AUGUCUAAACCAAGAUCAAUUGUGCCAGUUAAAAUUAGAGAAAGCACAAGGUUCUUUCCUUUCUUCAAGGAUUGUAUUAGAGUUGUUGAUGGGACACAUAAUCUAGCAAUGGUGAGGGGGCGAAAUGUAAGUAGUUAUCGUAAUCGUCGUGGAAAGAUAUCACAAAAUUUAGUCGCUUGUAAUUUUGAUUUGGAGUUUAUGUACGUUCUUAGUGGGUGAGAGGGUUCGGCUCAUGAUUCUAUGCUACUAAAUGAUGCUAUAACAAGGAGGAAUGGACUUAAAGUGGCUUAA